AUGUGUGAGCGCAAUCUUCUCAGUUCUGGCUAUGUUGGUCCUCUGUUGAAUUUUCCUUCUCCGGACUCAUUGUAUUUCUCCAACCUGCGGGGAAAUGGAGCCCAUCUCUCCGGGCUUCCUCAGAUCUCUUAUGGCAGAAGAGAGGUAUGCUCGCUCCCGUGGACCUCCCCGGGUGCGUGCACAACCUCGGCACAGAGCCGCGCCUUCAGUAGCUACCCUCAGCCGUUUCUAACUAAUUCAGUGCCUCUCAAUACAAAUUCUUAUAACCACAACAAGGGACCACUGGAAGAAUCCAAGAAAUACCAUUUUCAAGAUACAAACCACAAUGCAGAGGAACCAAGGGGGCAGGAGGCAUCUUAUGUCGGUGAUUAUGGAACUACAAGCUCUGCUAACUCAAACAAAUAUGAAUUUUCCAAUUUGGAGAGACGGUUGCAAAGCACGGCUGUCCACGCCGAACUGAGCGCGACUACCCAGGCAGUAAAUGAUUAUGUUAACAAGCCUCCUCAUUCAGGGGUCCCAGUGCAGUUCUCACCUACGCAAAGCGCUCCUUGGUGUCCCUCACAAGCAAAACCAAGAAAGAAGCGUAAACCUUACACAAAGCCACAGUUAGCUGAACUUGAGAACGAGUUUAUGAUGAACGAAUUCAUAAACCGACAGAAGAGAAAAGAACUCUCUGACAGAUUGGAUUUGAGCGACCAACAAGUGAAAAUCUGGUUUCAAAAUCGAAGAAUGAAAAAGAAAAGACUGUUGAUGCGCGAGCAUGCUUUUGCCCUGUACUAA